AUGAACACAAAAAAGUUAGUUGAGAAUGUCCUGAAGACAACUGCAAAGUCAUUGGAACUGAAUGAAGAUUUCUUUAUUAGCCAUCUCGGAGACAAGUUCACUAUAUUUGGAGGAUUUAAUUACUAUCCACGUUGUUCGAAACCUGAUCUUGUCUUCAGCCUCAAAACUCACACCGAUGGCUCUCUGAUCACUGUAAUUUUACAUGACAAAGAUGUAGAGGGACUUCAGAUAAUGAGAAAUGGAAUAUUUAAGAGCCCUGUUCAUAGGGUGGUCAUAUUUUCGGACAAGGAUUGGAUAUCUAUUGCUAUGUUUUGUGCGGAUUUACCUGAAAAGUGA